AACGCAGGCGUAUUAGAGGGCGGUGCUAGAAGCCUGGGCGAAGAUGGCGGCCUCCAGAGUGAGCCUCUGAGAGGCAGAGGAAAGAGGCGGAAGGGGGCGGGGAGACAGCGCCGCGGCGGCACCGAGAACCCGCGGCAGCUGAGCUGCACAGCCCCAGCGGCGUGAAGGGAAAGUGGUGACAGGGAGGAGGCCGGAGGGCGCCUCAUCCCUCUCUGGACGCAGAACCAGCGGCGGGAGGAGCCCGGGCUGGAGCCUCUCCAGCCUCCCGCAAAGGAUUUAGCACAAAAUGAACAUAAUUAGAGAAAAUAAGGAUUUGGCAUGUUUCUAUACAACAAAGCAUUCAUGGAGGGGAAAGUAUAAGCGUGUCUUUUCAGUUGGAACCCAUGCAAUUACUACAUAUAAUCCAAAUACCUUAGAAGUAACAAAUCAGUGGCCUUACGGAGAUAUUUGUAGCAUUAGCCCUGUUGGAAAAGGACAGGGAACAGAAUUCAAUCUCACAUUUCGUAAAGGCAGUGGGAAGAAGUCCGAAACUUUAAAAUUUUCUACAGAACACAGAACAGAACUUCUUACAGAAGCAUUGAGAUUUAGAACAGAUUUUUCAGAGGGAAAGAUCACAGGAAGAAGGUAUAACUGCUAUAAGCAUCACUGGAGUGAUACAAGAAAACCUGUCAUAUUGGAAAUAACUCCUGGAGGCUUUGACCAAAUUAAUCCUGCAACCAACAGAGUACUCUGUUCUUAUGACUAUAGAAAUAUUGAAGGCUUUGUAGAUCUCUCUGAUUAUCAAGGAGGAUUUUGUAUACUUUAUGGAGGGUUUAGUAGAUUGCAUUUAUUUGCAUCAGAGCAAAGAGAAGAGAUAAUCAAAAGCGCAAUAGACCAUGCCGGCAACUACAUAGGUAUUUCAUUGCGCAUCAGGAAAGAACCUUUAGAAUUUGAGCAAUAUUUGAAUCUUCGCUUUGGAAAAUAUAGCACUGAUGAAUCCAUCACAUCUUUAGCAGAGUUUGUGGUCCAAAAAAUAUCACCUAGACAUUCGGAACCUGUGAAAAGGAUUCUAGCACUUACAGAAACAUGUCUAGUAGAACGAGAUCCAGCAACCUAUAAUAUUGCAACAUUGAAACCUUUGGGAGAAGUAUUUGCAUUGGUUUGUGACUCAGAAAAUCCACAACUUUUUACCAUUGAAUUUAUAAAAGGACAAGUUCGGAAAUACUCUUCAACAGAAAGAGAUUCCUUGUUAGCAAGUUUGCUGGAUGGAGUAAGAGCCUCUGGUAAUAGAGAUGUUUGUGUAAAAAUGACACCAACCCAAAAAGGCCAACGAUGGGGGUUACUCAGCAUGCCUGUGGAUGAAGAAGUAGAGAGCCUUCAUCUCAGAUUCUUAGCUACUCCUCCAAAUGGCAACUUUGCAGAUGCUGUAUUCCGGUUCAAUGCUAAUAUUUCAUACAGUGGAGUUCUUCAUGCAGUGACACAGGAUGGUCUCUUCUCAGAAAACAAAGAGAAACUGAUCAAUAACGCUAUAACAGCAUUAUUGUCCCAAGAGGGGGAUGUUGUUUCUUCAAAUGCAGAACUUGAGAGUCAGUUCCAGGCUGUGAGGAGGCUUGUAGCUUCCAAAGCUGGUUUUCUGGCCUUUACUCAGCUUCCAAAGUUUCGGGAACGUCUAGGAGUGAAGGUAGUAAAAGCACUCAAGAGGAGCAACAAUGGAGUAAUCCAUGCAGCAGUUGAUAUGCUUUGUGCCCUUAUGUGUCCCAUGCAUGAUGACUAUGACUUAAGACAAGAACAGCUAAACAAAGCUUCUCUUCUCUCUUCAAAGAAGUUUCUGGAAAACUUACUGGAGAAAUUUAAUUCCCAUGUGGAUCAUGGGACUGGUGCCCUAGUUAUUAGUUCACUCUUGGACUUCCUUACCUUCGCCCUCUGUGCUCCAUACAGUGAGACAACUGAAGGGCAGCAGUUCGAUAUGCUCUUAGAGAUGGUAGCCUCCAAUGGAAGAACUCUCUUUAAACUCUUUCAGCAUCCUUCCAUGGCAAUUAUAAAGGGAGCUGGAUUGGUUAUGAAGGCUAUAAUAGAGGAAGGUGACAAAGAAAUUGCUACAAAAAUGCAGGAGCUUGCGCUAAGUGAAGGUGCCUUACCUCGACACUUGCAUACUGCGAUGUUUACAAUAAGUUCAGAUCAAAGGAUGCUUACAAAUAGACAGCUAAGUAGACAUUUAGUGGGUCUCUGGACAGCUGAUAAUGCAACUGCAACAAACUUGUUGAAACGCAUUUUGCCACCAGGCUUGUUGGCGUACUUGGACAGCUCAGAUCCAGUUCCUGAGAAGGAUGCUGAUCGGAUGCAUGUUAGAGAUAACUUGAAAAUAGCAAUGGACCAGUAUGGAAAAUUUAAUAAAGUUCCAGAGUGGCAAAGACUAGCUGGGAAAGCUGCUAAAGAAGUUGAAAAAUUUGCGAAGGAAAAAGUGGACCUUGUGUUGAUGCACUGGAGGGAUAGGAUGGGCAUUGCUCAAAAAGAGGACAGAAACAAUAUGAACAUAAAUCAAAAGCCAGUAGUUCUUCGAAAGAGAAGACAAAGAAUAAAAAUUGAAGCAAAUUGGGAUCUCUUCUAUUAUAGGUUUAGUCAAGAUCAUGCCAGGUCAAACCUUAUUUGGAAUUUCAAAACACGAGAAGAACUGAAAGAUACUCUUGAAUCUGAAAUGAGAACAUUUAAUAUUGAUAGAGAGCUUGGUAGUACUAAUGUGAUUUCCUGGAAUCACCAUGAAUUUGAGGUUAAAUAUGAAUGCCUGGCAGAGGAAAUCAAAAUAGGAGACUAUUACCUGAGAUUACUACUAGAGGAAGAUGAGAAUGAAGAAAGUGGAUCAAUUAAGAGAUCGUAUGAGUUUUUCAAUGAACUGUAUCAUCGCUUCCUGCUCACUCCAAAAGUAAACAUGAAGUGUUUAUGUUUACAAGCCCUUGCUAUUGUUUAUGGCAGAUGUUAUGAAGAAAUAGGACCUUUUACAGAUACAAGAUAUAUUACUGGAAUGUUAGAGAGGUGCACAGAUAAACUUGAACGAGAUAGAUUGAUCCUCUUCCUGAACAAGUUGAUCCUUAAUAAGAAAAAUGUGAAGGAUCUCAUGGAUUCAAAUGGAAUUAGAAUCCUUGUGGACUUGCUUACCCUUGCACAUCUCCACGUGAGCCGAGCCACAGUACCACUGCAAAGCAAUGUAAUUGAAGCUGCUCCAGACAUGAAAAGAGAGAGUGAAAAGGAAUGGUAUUUUGGCAAUGCAGACAAGGAAAGGAGUGGCCCGUAUGGAUUUCAUGAGAUGCAAGAAUUGUGGAUCAAAGGAAUGUUAAAUGCAAAGACCAGAUGCUGGGCUCAAGGCAUGGAUGGAUGGCGACCACUUCAGGCAAUACCCCAGCUUAAAUGGUGUCUGUUAGCCAGUGGACAGGCUGUACUGAAUGAAACUGACCUUGCUACCCUUAUAUUGAACAUGUUGAUCACAAUGUGUGGAUAUUUUCCAAGCAGGGAUCAAGAUAAUGCCAUCAUUCGGCCUUUGCCCAGAGUAAAAAGACUACUCUCAGACAGCACUUGCCUUCCCCAUAUUAUUCAGCUCCUGCUGACCUUUGACCCUAUCCUUGUUGAGAAAGUUGCUAUUUUGUUAUAUCAUAUCAUGCAAGAUAACCCGCAGUUACCUCGUCUGUAUCUGAGUGGAGCGUUUUUCUUUAUCAUGAUGUACACAGGUUCCAAUGUGCUUCCUGUUGCUCGGUUUUUGAAAUACACACAUACCAAACAGGCUUUUAAGUCAGAGGAGACAAAAGGACAAGAUAUUUUUCAGAGAAGUAUACUUGGGCACAUCUUACCUGAAGCAAUGGUUUGUUACUUAGAAAAUUAUGACCCUGAGAAGUUUUCUGAGAUUUUUCUAGGAGAAUUUGAUACUCCAGAAGCAAUCUGGAGCAGUGAAAUGAGGCGCCUCAUGAUAGAGAAGAUUGCUGCUCAUCUUGCUGAUUUCACACCUCGUCUUCAGAGUAAUACAAGAGCACUUUAUCAAUAUUGUCCCAUCCCAGUUAUUAACUAUCCACAGUUAGAAAAUGAACUAUUUUGUAAUAUUUAUUACCUCAAACAACUUUGUGAUACACUUCGGUUUCCAGAUUGGCCAAUUAAAGACCCGGUUAAGCUUCUUAAAGAUACUCUUGAUGCCUGGAAGAAAGAAGUAGAAAAGAAGCCACCUACCAUGUCAAUAGAUGAUGCUUAUGAAGUGCUUAGUCUGCCUCAAGGACAAGGACCGCAUGAUGAGAGCAAGAUUAGAAAGGCUUACUUCAGACUUGCACAAAAAUACCACCCUGAUAAGAAUCCAGAUGGGAGGAUUUGCAACCUUACAAAUAUGCGGGAUACCCCAUGCUGAUUAGGACUAUAACGAUGGAAACUUCAGAUGCUCUCCUUUUCUCAAAAGAAUCCCCAUUGUUGCCUGCAGCUGCGGAGCUGGCUUUCCACACUGUCAACUGCUCAGCCCUCAAUGCUGAGGAGCUCAGGAGGGAGAAUGGGAUAGAGGUGUUACAGGAGGCAUUUAGUCGCUGUGUGGCCGUCUUGAAUCGCUCUAGUAAACCAAGUGAUAUGUCAGUACAGGUGUGUGGUCACAUAAGUAAAUGCUAUAGUGUGGCAGCUCAGUUUGAAGAGUGCCGAGAGAAGAUCACAGAAAUGCCUGGCAUCAUCAAGGAUCUCUGUCGGGUGCUGUACUUUGGCAAGGGUAUUCCACGGGUGGCUGCCCUUGGGGUAGAAUGUGUCAGUUCUUUUGCUGUGGAUUUCUGGCUGCAGACACACCUGUUUCAGGCUGGAGUUUUGUGGCAUCUGCUUGGUUAUCUUUUUAAUUAUGACUACACACUAGAAGAAAGUGGCAUUCAGAAAAGUGAGGAAACAAACCAGCAGGAAGUGGCUAACAGCCUUGCCAAACUAAGUGUCCAUGCUCUAAGUCGCCUUGGAGGGUAUCUGUCUGAAGAUCAAGUCACCCCAGAAAAUCCAUCUGUAAGGAAAAGUUUAGCUGGCAUGCUGACACCCUAUGUUGCUAGAAAACUUGCUGUGGUUAGUACUACCGAGAUUUUGAAGAUGCUUAACAGCAACACAGAGAACCCCUACUUGAUAUGGAACAAUUCUACGAGAGCAGAACUACUUGAAUUUCUUGAGUCACAACAAGAAAACAUGAUUAAAAAAGGUGAUUGUGACAAAACCUAUGGAUCAGAAUUUGUCUACAGUGAUCAUGCCAAAGAAUUAAUUGUGGGAGAGAUUUUUGUUAGGGUGUAUAAUGAAGUCCCUACUUUCCAACUAGAGGUUCCAAAAGUAUUUGCUGCAAGUCUCUUGGAUUUCAUAGGCUCCCAGGCCCAGUAUCUGCACACAUUCAUGGCCAUCACACAUGCCGCGAAAGUGGAAUCUGAGCAACAUGGAGACCGCUUGCCAAGAGUAGAAAUGGCUUUGGAGGCUCUGAGAAAUGUCAUAAAAUAUAAUCCAGGCUCUGAAAGUGAAUGCAUUGGUCACUUUAAGUUAAUAUUUUCUCUUCUUCGAGUCCAUGGAGCUGGUCAAGUGCAGCAGUUGGCUUUAGAGGUUGUGAAUAUAGUGACAUCUAAUCAAGAUUGUGUGAACAAUAUUGCAGAAUCAAUGGUUUUGUCUAGUUUAUUGGCCCUUCUACAUUCAUUGCCAUCAAGUCGGCAGCUUGUUCUGGAAACUCUUUAUGCUUUGGCAUCAAGUACAAAGAUAAUCAAAGAAGCGAUGGCAAAGGGAGCUUUGAUUUAUUUAUUGGAUAUGUUCUGCAAUUCAACACAUCCUCAGGUUCGAACCCAGACAGCGGAACUUUUUGCCAAAAUGACAGUGGAUAAACUAAUAGGUCCAAAGGUUCGAAUUACAUUAAUGAAAUUUCUGCCUAGCGUUUUCAUGGAUGCUAUGAGAGACAAUCCUGAAGCUGCUGUACAUAUUUUUGAAGGAACACAUGAAAAUCCUGAGUUAAUUUGGAAUGAUAGUUCCAGAGAUAAAGUGUCUACAACAGUGAGAGAAAUGAUGCUAGAGCACUUUAGAAGCCAGCAGGACAACCCUGAUAUAAACUGGAAGUUGCCUGAGGAUUUUGCGGUGGUGUUUGGAGAAGCAGAGGGUGAACUGGCUGUUGGAGGAGUUUUCUUGAGGAUCUUUAUUGCACAACCAGCUUGGGUUCUAAGAAAGCCUAGAGAAUUUCUUAUUGAACUACUGGAAAAAUUAACUGAACUCCUUGAGAAGAACAGUCCUCAUGGGGAAACUCUGGAAACGUUGACAAUGGCAACAGUGUGUCUGUUCAAUGCGCAGCCUCAGCUGGCAGAUCAAGUCCCACCAUUGGGCCAUCUUCCCAAAAUCAUCCAGGCAAUGAAUCACAGAAACAAUGCCAUUCCUAAGAGUGCCAUUCGGGUUAUCCAUGCCCUGUCUGAAAAUGAGCUGUGUGUUCGAGCCAUGGCAUCUUUAGAAACUAUUGGCCCACUGAUGAAUGGUAUGAAAAAGCGAGCAGAUACUGUUGGUCUAGCCUGUGAAGCAAUUAAUCGAAUGUUUCAGAAGGAACAGAGUGAAUUAGUUGCACAAGCCCUGAAAGCAGAUUUGGUUCCAUACCUCUUAAAAUUACUUGAAGGCAUAGGCCUCGAAACUCUGGAUAGCCCAGCUGCCACUAAGGCUCAGAUUGUGAAAGCUCUCAAGGCUAUGACUCGAAGCCUGCAGUAUGGAGAACAGGUGAAUGAAAUCCUAUCUCGUUCUUCAGUCUGGAGUGCCUUCAAAGAUCAGAAACAUGAUUUGUUCAUUUCUGACUCACAAACAGCAGGAUACCUCACAGGACCUGGAGUUGCUGGCUACCUUACUGCAGGUACAUCCUCAUCAGUCAUGUCUAACCUGCCACCUCCUGUAGACCAUGAGGCAGGUGACCUUGGCUAUCAGACUUGAAAAUACUCAUGAAAGACUAUAAAUGCCAGUGCCAGUGCCGAGUCCACAUUCCUCAAGCUGAUACGUUGAAGCAAACUCUUACUGCCUUUCUCCUGGUUUCAUGACAGUGUUAUUCCUUUUUCUACAACUAUAUUUUUUAUUUAGGGAAAAUGUCAAUGAUUCUAAUGGUAUCACAUUAUGAGAAAGCUCUCUGUGGAUCAACAUAAGUGUAUACACAAGAAUAUUUUUCCUUGAUGUAUGUAAGCACAUUUUGUUCCUUUUUAUCUGUUUACAAAACUGUGAAUCAAAAAGACAAAACUUUCUUCCUAGUUUUUAUAAUGUUUUUUUGAAUUAGUGUGACUGUGGGCUUAACCUACAGUCUACAGAAAUUGGGCUGUCACUCGUCCCUAGAAAGUCUUCUGCAUCAGGUCUUCAGGGCUGUCCUCUUCCCACCAUCCAUAAUUAUGAGGUUUUUGUCCCUAUACCUGGUCACUGGUAUCCUCAGUCAUUAACCCUGUGAGAGCUCACAGUACACAUUGGUAUGUAUAACUGGCUUUACUAAAUUGAAUGAAAAGGAGCUUGUGCAAAAAAAAAAAAAAUUGGUUGUCAAGCUGUUAUGUAAGACAUUAGUGUAAUUGUGAAAUGUUCUAUACAUUAUCAAAUAUAUAAAGCUUUCUAUAUUGAAUGUACAUUAUACAGAUCAUUCACAUGUGUACAUAAAAUUUUAAAAAUAAAGGGAAUUGACUGGUUUGUUAAUGAGA